UGUAGGAAGUAUUCGGAACCAAUGGGUCGGAGGAAGCCGAGUAGUUCUCGAGGUGGAGAUGAUGAGCAACCACCUCUCGUUGGUGCUAAAUCUAAUAAGAAAGCUGUUCAAAUUGAUGAUGAUGAUGAUGAUGGUGAGUACUCCAUAAAAACUGAGGAGCCUAGAGUUGAGGAAGAGAAAGUUGUUAUCACUGGGAAGAAGAAGAGUAUUAAGAAGGGUACGCAGCAGCAGGAGGAGGACGAUGAUUUUGCUGAGGUUGUUCCCGAGAAUGCUUUUGUAGGGAAGAAGAAAUCGAAAGGUAAGAACGGAGGUGGCUCUGUUAGCUUUGCCCUGCUUGCUGAUAAGGAGGAAGAGGAUGAUAAUGAAUCUAAUGGUGACAAAGAUGAUGAACCAGUUAUAAGUUUUACGGGUAAGAAGCAUGCAUCUAACAAGGGUAAAAAAGGCUUUGCGGUUUCAGCUUUUGAUGCCCUUGGUGGUGAUAAGGAUGAAGAGAAAGUGGAUGGUGAUGAGGAACAAGUGUAUCCUAUCAUCUUCUCUGGUAAGAAAAAGAAGUCCUCCAAAUCUUCUAAGAAGACCACUAAUAAAGUUGCUUUGCUUGAUGAGGAAGAAGGGACAGAUGCUUCGACCUCUAGACUCGUCAAAAAUACAAUGGGAGAUGAAGAGAGCCUCGAAAUCACGUUUUCUGGUAAAAAGAAGGGCAGCAGUGUUUUGGCCUCAGUAGGUGAUGACUCAGUUGCCUACGAAACUAGUCAAGCUAAAACUCCUGAUACUAAGAGUGUGGAGGUUAUAGAAACUGGAAAGAGUAAGAAAAAGAAGAAGAAGAAUAAGAGUGGAAGGACAGCAGAGGAAGAGUAUGAUUUUGACAAAGUUCUUGAAGAAUUUGGAGAAACCCCUGCUGCUGGAAGACCUGCUUCAUCGACGCCUGGAGAGGAGAAGGUUCAAGCUCAGCCUGGGCCAGUUGCACCUGUAGAGAAUGCUGAUGAGAAGGAAGGAGAAGAAGAGACUGUUAAGACUGCUGCAGCGAAGAAAAAGAAAAAGAAGAAGGAGAAAGAGAAGGAAAAAAAAGCAACCUCUUCUGUAGAGGCUAAGGAGGGAAAACAAGAAGAAUCAGUAACUGAGCCACUACAGGAGAAGAAGAAGGAUGCAAAGGGUAAAGCAGCAGAGAAGAAAAUCCCUAAACAUGUUAGAGAGAUGCAAGAGGCUCUUGCACGGCGGCAAGAAGCCGAAGAGAGAAAAAAGAAGGAAGAAGAAGAAAAAUUGAGGAAGGAGGAAGAGGAGCGCCGCAGGCAGGAAGAGCUUGAGGCUCAAGCUGAGGAGGCUAAGCGUAAGAGAAAGGAAAAAGAAAAGGAGAAACUGUUGAGGAAGAAGCAAGAGGGCAAGCUUCUAACAGCAAAGCAAAAGAGUGAAGCUCAAAAGAGGGAGGCUUUUAAGAACCAGCUGCUGGCUGCUGGUGGAGGUCUUCCUGUUGCAGAUAAUGAUGGUGAUGCUACUUCCUCAAAGCGUCCCAUUUAUGCCAACAAGAAAAAAUCUGCUCGCCAGAAAGGCAUUGACACUUAUGUUCAGAGGGAAGAUGAGGUAGAGCCAAAAGAGAAUCAAGCAGAUGAACCAGAUACUUUAGGUGAAGUAGGUUUAGCAGACACUGGAAAGAUUGAUUUAAUUGAGUCAACAAACACAGACGAGAAAUCAGAACCUGCUGAUGUUGCUCAGGAGAAUGGGAUUGAGGAAGAUGAUGAAUGGGAUGCAAAAAGCUGGGAUACAGUUGAUCUUAACCUCAAAGGUGAUUUUGAUGACGAAGAGGAAGAACCUCAGCCUGUGGUUAAGAAAGAAUUAAAGGAUGCUGUAUCAAAGGCACAUGAUUCAGGUAUGAGCAAGCCAACAACAGCUGUCGUAAAAGCUAUGUCUGAAGUGGAACAUGCUACGCCGACAAAACGUGCUAAGAAGGGUAAAGGCUUAGCUCCAAGUGAAUUUAUAGAAGAAGGUGGAGAAAAUCUCCGUUCUAUUAUUUGCUGUAUCAUGGGUCAUGUCGAUACUGGUAAAACAAAGCUGUUGGAUUGCAUCAGAGGAACAAAUGUACAGGAAGGUGAGGCUGGAGGUAUUACUCAGCAGAUUGGUGCAACAUAUUUCCCUGCCAAAAACAUCCGAGAGAGGACCAGGGAACUGAAAGCCGAUGCAAAACUUAAGGUGCCAGGUCUAUUGGUUAUCGAUACACCUGGCCAUGAGUCCUUCACGAAUCUGCGGUCAAGAGGUUCAAGUUUGUGUGACCUUGCCAUUUUGGUGGUUGACAUAACGCAUGGGUUACAGCCGCAAACAAUAGAGUCUCUAAAUCUUUUGAGAAUGAGGAAUACAGAGUUCAUUGUUGCAUUGAAUAAGGUGGAUAAGCUAUAUGGAUGGAAAGCAUGCAAGAAUGCUCCUAUCGUGAAGGCAAUGAAGCAGCAAUCUAAAGAUGUUACAAAUGAAUUUAAGAUGAGGCUGACCGGAAUUAUUACCCAAUUCAAGGAGCAAGGACUUAACACUGAGCUUUACUACAAGAAUAAAGAAAUGGGCGAAACUUUCAGUAUUGUUCCUACUAGUGCUAAAAGCGGGGAAGGGAUCCCAGAUCUCUUGCUGUUGUUGGUUCAAUGGGCUCAGAAAACAAUGGUUGAGAAGCUUGCUUAUGUUGACAAAGUGCAGUGUACUGUCCUUGAGGUCAAAGUUAUUGAAGGCCAUGGUACAACGAUUGAUGUUGUGUUGGUAAACGGUGAACUCCAUGAAGGUGAUCAAAUCGUCGGACCUAUUGUCACAACGAUUAGAGCUUUACUGACUCCUCAUCCAAUGAAGGAGUUAAGGGUGAAGGGUACUUAUCUGCAUCACAAAGAAAUAAAGGCUGCACAGGGCAUCAAAAUUACUGCCCAGGGCCUUGAACACGCAAUUGCUGGUACUUCCCUGCAUGUGGUUGGACCUGAUGAUGACAUCGAGGCAAUUAAGGAGUCGGCUAUGGAAGAUAUGGAAUCAGUUUUGAGCAGGAUUGACAAUAGUGGUGAAGGAGUUUAUGUACAAGCGUCUACAUUAGGGUCAUUAGAAGCAUUGCUUGAAUUCUUGAAGUCCCCAGCUGUAAAUAUACCUGUCAGUGGUAUUGGCAUUGGGCCUGUGCAUAAGAAGGAUAUAAUGAAGGCUGGAGUGAUGCUCGAGAAGAAAAAGGAAUAUGCUACAAUUUUGGCUUUUGAUGUGAAAGUGACUACAGAGGCUCGUGAACUUGCAGACGAAAUGGGAGUAAAAAUCUUUUGCGCUGAUAUCAUCUAUCGUUUAUUCGAUCAGUUUAAGGCUUACAUUGAGAAUAUCAAAGAGGAGAAAAUGAAGGAAUCAGCCGGUGAGGCAGUCUUCCCAUGUGUCCUUCAGAUUUUACCUAACUGUGUGUUCAAUAAGAGAGACCCAAUAAUCCUUGGAGUUAAGGUCCACGACGGUAUACUUAAGAUUGGAACCCCCAUUUGCGUCCCGGGCAGAGAGUUCAUCGAUAUUGGUCGCAUUGCCUCUAUUGAGAACAACCACAAGCCUGUUGACUACGCAGAGAAGGGCGAGGAGGUGGCGAUUAAGAUUGUUGCUUCAAAUCGUGAAGAACAGAAGAUGUUUGGAAGGCAUUUUGACAUGGAAGAUGAGCUUGUGAGUCACAUUUCGAGGAGAUCUAUCGACAUACUCAAAGCUGACUACAUGAAAGAAAUGUCGACAGAGAAAUGGAAGCUCCUUGUGAAACUGAAGAGAAUCUUCAAGAUUCCCUGAACAGUCAAAUGUCUACUCUAGAGCUUAAAAAAAACUCGCAGGCCUUGUUAUGUCGUGUCUGCAUGCUGCACAAAGCGAUUUAUCUUCCCCGAGAGAGCUUAAACCAAAAAUUGUAUUUGUUUUUGUUUAUUUUCUCCCUCAAAAGUGCUGGUUCGUUAACCUUCUCUUCAUGCUGGCAAAUUGCAGGGAAAGAAUAAGAAUCUUGAGAUACA